AUGUUUCUUGUACUUAAUGAACUGAAGAAUGUAGGUGAAGACAGACUCGCAAACUUCAACGCUUUGAAAUCAAUUAUUACGGAUAAUGAGAUUAGAAUUAAUGAAAAGAAUCAACCCAGAAGAACAGCACAAAACGUUGCCAAUUUCAUUUUCGUAACUAACAACGUUUACCCUGUCAAAAUUGAAGUUGGAGACAGAAGAUAUGUAGUUUUAAGAGUUAAUGGUAAAUUUAAGGGUCAAUUUGAUUACUUCAAGAAUUUGAUGAAUUCAUGCACAAAGGAAUUUUAUGAUAAUUUACUGACGUAUUUUAUGCAAUAUGACCUUUCAUCAUUUAAUGUACGAAUCAUUCCGAUGACUGAAGCCAAACAAGAUUUAAUUGAAUUAUCAACAAAUCCUUUAGAUGUAUGGAUAAAUACACAUUAUGAUGAAUUGUGUGCAGGUAUGAAGUGUAAAAAUGCGCUAUUCUGCAAACCAUCAGACAUGAAAGACAAGAAUUUCCAAAUGAGUAUUAAGGAUAAAUGUGAUAGGAAACAAAGAAAAAUAGAUGGUAAACAGACAUGGUAUUAUGUUUUGAAAAAAGAAAUGAAAUGA